AUGUCGUCUUUCGCCUUCUCUACGUUUCAGUACGACCCGCUGCCGACACCAACAAGUAUUCGCCUCUUGACGGUCCGCAACCCGCUGGCAAAAGCUUCUCCCAAAAUCUGCGGCAUGACUCUGCUGUCUUGCAAAUUGUCCACAGUCGACCUCAAAGACAAGCCCAAUUUCAACUGCCUGUCCUACACCUGGGGCAACCCGAACCCCCUAGACCAGACCGUGGAUAACACCGAAGACCCAUACGCUCCGCACAAUAAGUGGCCCAUUUCUGUCAACGGGCGCUUGUUCUUCAUCACAAAGAACCUCUAUGAUAGUCUGUGCCAGCUUAGGGUGGAUGAGUGGUCCGAUGAUGCUGAAGUCGACUCGCGAUAUGAGCCUUACCACAAGACCAGGAUCAUCCAGGCUGCCGAGGAGGGCAGAUACGACGAUGUUGAGGAUUGCAUCCGCCACGGCGCCAACAUACACAACGUGGACUGCUUUGGCGAGACUGCCCUGCAUUACGCCGCAGAGAAUGGGCAUUUAGAUAUUGUCGAGCUUCUCCUCGCCCACGGCGCCGAUCGCACCGCCAUUGACAGUACCGACCGCACGCCACUGGACUGCUGCUUGCAGCGCAAGCGAAGGCGCUAUCUUGACAUUGCUCAGAUCCUGAAAAACGCUUCAGAAGCUUCUGCAACAGUCUCCGGUCCAGGAGUGCGACACCAUCGAUCCAAACCGAUCUGGAUCGACGCAGUCUGCGUAAAUCAGCACGAUGUGCGAGAGAGAAACACUCAGGUCUCCAUGAUGACACAAAUAUAUGGCCAAGCUCAGUCUGUCAUUAUUUGGCUGGGUGGGUUUGACUCGGAGGCUGCCGGUGAGUUAUUUCACUCGCUGCCCACAAUUCUCUCUUCUUCAGCGGAGUGCUUCAAACGCUCCUGGGAAGCGUGGCACCGUCGUCGCAAAAACAAUGAAAGGGAUGAAGACGACGAAGAGGUACAGAAUGGAACCAUUCUCUCGUCUGAGAGUAUCAACACUGUGCUGGACUUUGUUCGCAGAUCGUAUUUUCAUCGAAUAUGGGUUCUACAGGAAGUUGCGUUGGCGCGAGAUGUGCGAAUCAUGUUUGGUGGUGACGAUCUUCCCUGGGCUGCGCUGUUCCAAGUCUUCCAAUCCGCCAUCGACUUCGAAUACGUAGGUAUGGACUACAACACUGCAUUGCCAAAGUAUCGCUACGGUGACAUGGGCACUCUGGCUUGGUCGAUGGCUGAUGUUCGGCUUCACACACGCCGCACAAAACUCGAGGAUAACAUUGUCACCGCCCAACUCCAGUCUCUGCGCGAUAACAACCACGAUUUUGUGGCUAUGGAAAGCAAGUGGUGGCACUCCAAACUGCCACUCGCUACGCUGAUAGCGUUGACUUGGAAUUUCGCGGCAACCGAUCCUCGCGACAAGAUUUUUGCGCUAUUGGGUAUUGCGCAGCCCGUCCCCGGCGACAAGCCCAUUGUUGCAGACUAUCACAAGACUAUCACGGAAGUGUUUACGGAAGUCGGCAAGGCAUACAUCCAAGCAAAAGGGGACAAUCGAUAUCAAGACUGGAGAAGCGGGGAGAUUGAAGACUUUGAGCCACUUGAGGCGUUGUCCUUCAUCCAGGAUAUCAGCGAAUGCCACGAGGGUUGGUGCUGGGUGCGCCCGUUUGCCGACACCCAUGACUUGCAGCCCCGGCCGGAUGAUCUGCCAUCCUGGGUCCCAUCUUUCCACUGGCCGCUCUCAACUCGGCGCCUCUUCAGCACAAAAUUCCGCGCCGCUGGAACCAGCGUGCCGCACAUCUACCCGUUCGAUUCCGACAUCCUAUGGCUCGACGCCCUCAUGGUGGAUACCAUCAUCGACGUCGAAGUACAGCGCCACGAUCCAGCGCGCUGCUUCUGCGGCACAGCCAACAUCCUUGGGUGGCUCAGAACCAUGGCCACCAUCGACCCGAUCUACCCGACGGGCUGUGACCGCGUCGAGGCCUUGUGGCAGGUUCUCAGUGCUAAUUGCUACCUGAAGCGCUCCUUUCCCCUCACCGUCUACAGCUACGCCGAAGAUCCUGUUGGGGAGGACUUUGCCGACUACAUCAAGGACACUCUGCCCUUUGAGCUUGUCGAGCGCGGCCUCUGCGACGACGAUGGCGUCCCGGACCCCACAAUUGCCAGCUGGCUGCGCGACGUGUUUACCCAAGACGCUUCCGGCUCGUUUCCCGACGUUGAGGACGUCCUGGCGGCAGUCAAGCAGGCGAAGAAGGGGCGAGACAACGGCGACGAAGACAGCGACGAAGACAGCGACGAAGACAGCGACGAAGACAGCGACAACAAGUCGGAGGAAGAGAGCGAAGAUGCGGAUAAUCAGAGGGACGGCCAUGAGCAAGUGGCUGGACAGAGUGAGGGACUGAAAGGCGGUAAGAGAGCAGAGUCAGAAGCAGUCAGCGACGCGAACACCCUUGAGGCAAUUCGAUGCGACGACACCGAUGGCCAAACCGAGAACAGCGAUAGCUCGAUCGAAGAGUUGACGCCUAAGGACGGAAGUGACGAGGAAAUGGGGGCAACAGAAGAAAAGGAAGAAGAAGAAAAGAGUGAUGGAGGGGGAACUCAAGAGGAGGAAGAGGAAGAUGAAGGAGGUAACAGCGCCAAUUCGUUUGCAUACUUUAUGUGGUGCGUCUGGCCACUUCGCCGCGUCAUGUCCACGACCAAAGGCUACCUGGGCCUCGGACCACGACAGGUGCAACAAGGCGACCAAGUAUGGCUAUUCGCCGGCGGACGUACACCCUAUAUACUUCGCCCUACGAACUGUCCUGGUCAAUAUACAUUCAUCGGCGAGGCCUACAUACACGGCAUCAUGGACGGCGAGGCUGCCGAGGGUAGAUACAACAGCUUUAGACCAGUUCAACUCGUUUGA